AUGUCGCAUACUCUGAAACACUUCACCCAUUCUCAUAUCCUAACUAAGAAGAAUUUCAGUGAUGAGUUUUUAUGUGAUGGCUGCAACAUGUUAGGUUCAGGUAUUAGGUACCAUUGCAGCGGAUGCAAAUUCGAUCUGCAUGAGGAUUGCGCUACAUGUCCUGAGAAACUCAAAACCUAUAUUCACCCUGGCCACAAAUUGACCAGAGUAUGGGAAGGACUUGAAUCAUCAACCGAUGGACGUCCUUGCAAUGUCUGCGGUGAUCAAGUCAAAGGUCUCUUCUAUGGGUGCUCUGAAAAAGUCCAUCAACAUUUCUUUUUCCUCCAUCCUUUAUGCUCCAAAUUUCCAUCUCAAGUGAAACAUGUAAUUGACAACCGCCACCAUCUCAAGUUUCAAUCCGUUCCGUUCAUCCCAAACUCCCGUUGUUCAAUAUGCAGAAACCUCGUUUCUGCCUCUUCAUGGAGUUACCGUUGUGAUCCAUGUGGUGUCAAUAUCCAUCUCGAGUGUGUUACUCUUCCAUAUGGUCACCAGGAAAAGAGACCUGUUCCACCUCCUGGAUCCAGUCUAGGUGGGGGUUCAGCUGCGGUGGCCCCACUACCUUACUAUAAUCAGCCACCUAAUUUUAAUUGCGGUUAUGCGGUGCCAUAUGGUUAUCCUCCACCACCUAGCAGUGAUGGUAGGAAGAGAAAGAUGUUCGCAAUUGUGUGCCAAAUUGCAACUACUGCGAUUCUUGGUGCGGUUUUUGGUGUGUAUGGCUAG